GCGAAAUUUAAAUUAGCCAAUCACGACUCGCAUUUUUCUUGUCAGAAAAAAAGAAAACAUUUCAUAGCUUACCGAUUUUACUUCACAUCCUGUCUCUGCUCUGAACCGUAUUUCUUUGAAUUCAAAGAGUUUGAAAUAACUGUUAAACAACGGCGUUCAUAAAAAGCGAAUAAGUUGUUAAUAAGUCGACUGUAUAACGAGUAUUAUUUAAAGUUGACCGGCCUUCUACAGAAAGCAGACGUCUUCAAAGCCAAAAACCACAUCUAAAGUUAUCAAGUUUCUUUGUUGUUGUUGUGCGACCCAAACAAUGGAAGUUGAAACUAAAUCCACUGAGAUCCGCUGCCAGGAGAUGUCGAAGGGCGGGCUAGCGUACGAAGUGAUCUUGGCGGAGCCGGUGGGCGUACCGGUGCCGCGCCGCGCCGACUCGCCCGAGAAGACUGCCUCCGUCGAAGAGAUACAGGAGAAGCUCAAGGCCGCGGAGGAGAGGAGACGUAGUUUGGAAGCUAGCAGGAUGGCGGCGAUCGCACAGAAGAUGGCCAGGAUCGAGGAGGCGUCCCGCAUCCGCAUGGAGCAGACCAACAGCUUCAUCAGCACCACCAAGGAGGCGCUCGACGCCAAGAUGGAGACCCACGAGGAGAAGCGCGAGGCCUACAUUAACGAGCUUCGCGCCAGGCUCAAGGACCACCUGGAGGGAGUCGAGAAGACCAGGUUGACCCUAGAGCAACAAACGGCGGAGGUGUACAAGGCGAUCGAGGAGAAGCUUUCUACCGCCGCUGACAAACGCGACGAGAACAUCAAGAAGAUGUUGGAGCGUUUGCGUGAACAUGAGGAGCAGGUGAAAAAGGUGCGCGCCGGCAACCAGGAGCGGUUCCAGCAGCUCGAGGCUGCCAUCCAGGACAAGCUGCAGCACGCGGCCGGACGCCGUCUACAGCUGGAGGCCGAGCAGCGGGAGAAGCUGCGCAGCUACAACUCUAAACUGGCGGAGGCGCGUUCCUCCAUCACCGCUAAGGUCGAGGAGAUGACCAAAGAAAUAGAGACGAAACUCACCGCCGCCGAGAUCAACCGCGAGAAGGAGAUGCAGAGGAAAUUGGACUUUGUUAAGAAGGAGGAGCGACGCGCGGAGUUAGUGCGGCAGAACAAGUGCGCGCGCGCCGACACCGACGCGCCGCCCGCCUCCGGCUAAUGGGGCAUGACCCACUGUCCCACCACCCACCACCCGGCCCCUACAAGUAAGCGUACUACACCCGCAGGUACCUAGGACAUGUCGCAACACUGCAGAAAAAACUACGACAUCACUCCAUGCAAAGAAGAAUAACCUCCAAAUAAUCACCAAUUCACUACACGGGAAAACUACCUCAAGAAUUACUACAGUCAUACUUUCUCAAUAAUCAGAUGGAAAAAUUACCCUCCGAAGAAUCUGUACUCCAGAAUCAUAAGGCAAGAACCACCAUCCUACUGUGUCAAGAUCCAGGAGAAAAAUCUACCCUCCAAAUAAUCGAAAAAACUGAAGAAUCGAGUCUUGACGACCUGAAAAAACAAGUAAUCUCUGGAAAAACUGCGACUGUACUCUGAAAUUUGACUUGGUUUUUACAAUCUAACUUACAUAGUUUUUAAUGCAAUACAGUACUUCAAUUUGAAGAGUACAACCCCUGAAGUCUAAAUAAUGUCGUGGUAAAGAAAACCAGGGUGCUUCCUAGCAUUGUUACAGAAUCUAAAUUCUACAGUAGACGAAAUAUUAUACUAAGCUCUGAUUUCUAUAAUCUAGGAAUGAGCAAGUCAUCAAAUAUUAGCCAGAACAGGUUACUAUUAGCACAGUAUUUCAGUGUUGCUAUCACGAAUAUUUCGAGGUUUCAAUAUCGGCAUCCUGUGGUGAGACCGAAUAAAUCGUUUGUAUCGCAGUCCUGAGAAUAUGAUAAUGCUUACGAAAACACGCAAAUGUAUUAUCUUAGAUGUGUAAAUGUGCAAAAUGUGUGAGUGUAUGUGGAGCCGAGUGGCCGGGGGCCGGCUUUGGGCAGUGUGGGUGACGCAUGCGACGCCGGUGUUGCUACACGACAAUAUUGUAGCAUAAACUCUGUGUUUACAUACUCGACUUUUUUUUAUUAAAAACAAUCGCAUGUCUUUAACGAAAAUAUUUUUUUUUAAUAUGAAUCAAUGGUGUUGUUUUAUUGGUAAUUAAAUUAUUUAAUCAGUUUUAAAUAAACAGAAAUGUGGUUGAUGGUGUGUGGUAUUUUUUGUUAAUGUUUAUUAAAUAAGUCGAGUGAGAAAAACGGACAUUUCUCUUGUUGCACACCGGGCGUUGUUUGCGACACCGAAUUAAUUCCUUCGUUAUCAUGCUUGUGAAAUAAUUGAAUCAAAUUGUUAUUUUUCACCGGUAUAUAGCAACAUUGCUGACACCUUUUAAAUAUGGCCUAUUUUACUAACGUUCAGUCGUGUAUGUUACAUAAUGGCGCCCAUUGCUAAUAUUGCAAUGCACAUUUUGUUCAUUGUUAAUAUUGGUGAUCGGAUCUAUGGGGGUUCUGUAUCACAGAGUCGGUGUCAGUAAAUUACCGGAAGUUGUGAUUGAUUGUUUUUAAUUUGACAUUGUAAUAGUAGCUCAAAUCGUGACGUGUGUGGUACGGAAUCCCCGUUGAAAUGGAAUUGUUUUAAAUUUAUAUUGUAAGCGGGCGGAAUGAGGUGGUUCGAUAUUAUGGCGACGGAUACGAAUCCUCUUAUCGUUAGUUAUAGACUUAUAUCAUUAUUUUUAACGCAACAGUAUUUUAGGAACGUAUAAUCUAAAUUUAAGUUUGUCUCGAAUACGUAUCGUUAAUGAAUCGCCAUUUCGCUGUCAAUAAUUGAUCGUAUAAUAUAUAUUUUACUGAGUGCGUUGUCGAUCUGUUGGGAUGUCGUCGCGGGUAGUCAUUUCUCGAGCGACCGCCGAUGUCGCCGUCCGGAGUAGCUCCCAUAAGAGUCCCGAUUCCCGCGAAUGUAUCAUUUUUAGCGCUCGUCAGCUUAAUUAAAUAUAAUCAUCAGUCUGUGACACGUCACAUCAUCUAGUCUACACGUAAAAGUUUAAAUAAAAUAAGUCGUUUUUAUCACUUCCUUUUAUGAUCUCAAAACUAUGAUAAAAGAAAAAACAUAUUUAAAACGGAAGAUAGUAAACAUCGGAAGUGCCUCAGUGUGUAAAGUGAAUCGAUUCCUCGGAUGAUAUCAAUAAAAUAGUGACGUUAAAGUGAAACUGCCUUUCAUAGCGUUUUAUAUUUGAUGUAAUAAGGGCAGCCGCGGGGUGCGGCCGCGCGGACGCUUCUGUGAUGUUAGGCACAAAGUAUAUCCACGGUAGUAGCCAAGGGCGGAUCCAGGGGGUCAUG